AUGGAUGAUAACAAAGCUCCGGGCCCUGAAGGUUUUGGUAUGUCCUUCUACAAGUCAUCUUGGAGUGUUAUUGGUGAUGAGGUAACUAAGGCCAUUUCUGACUUCUUUCAAUCUGGUAAAAUCCUGGGAAUGAUUAACUCUACUUCCAUCACUUUGGUUCCAAAAGUGAAAUGCCCUAAGACCCCAUCUGAUUUUAGGCCUAUUGCUUGUUGUAUCCUUACUAACAGGAUAAAAUCAGUAAUGGGUUAUCUAAUUAAUGAAGCUCAAUCUGCAUUUGUAAAAGGUAAACAUAUCUCAAGUAACAUCCUGCUUGCAAAUGAGAUUGUGAAGAGUUACAAUAGGAAGCACAUUUCUCCAAGAACUAUGCUGAGUAUAGACAUUAAAAAGGCCUUUGAUACCAUAAGCUGGAACUUCCUAAAUGAGAUGCUUUUAGGCCUUGGUUUUCCUGUAAAAUUCAUAAAUUGGAUUAUGGUGUGUAUCUCUUCAACAAAAUACUCCAUAUCAUUGAAUGGAACCCUUCAUGGUUAUUUCAAAUGA